UAACUCAUAGUGUUCAAGUUGUGUAGAAUAGUGUUGAGGUAAAAAAAACUUCAACUCCCACGGUUACGUCUAUGCUCUGCAAUUCAACCAGCACCUGAAAGUCCAAGACGGCCAAAAGUGUCGUUUUCUGCGUCUGCGCAAUCGACUCGACGACAGCGCCGCGGCUCGCGACUUAUUGUUAGCGGGGUGAACAGGUACUAAGCAGUGACUGAGCCGAGUAAAGGAUGUGUAAAGGGCAGCAUCAGCAUCAGCGGCGGCGGCGGCGGUAGUCGUCGGUUGGUAGAGCUCAAAAUACGGGCGUCGUUAUGGUGUCGACGAUAGUGCGUGGGUCGUCGUUGUCGUCUUCGUUAUUGUUGUGGUGGUGAUUGCGAGGAAUGUUUUUUCCUACGAAGAAUCAAUAAACCAGCACCGCGCGCAGUGGCUGUUCACACGUUGUUUCAGUAACUCGCAGAUUGCCAUUAUCGUUUGCGAUAUUUCGAUGAUAUGCUGCUGAAUCGACGGCCGCCUCGUAGCACCAGAAGCAGAAGCAGAAGCAGAAGUAGCAGCCGCCGCUUAUCGCUAUGGGGUAUCGCCUACGGUCCUAGUGGUGUAUACAGCAAUACGUCCGGCGGUUAGCAAGUAGUAUUUUCUAUUCGUUGUGUAACCGAUAUACAACGACGACGUAGCCGAAAGUGCAAGAGAGAGAAAGAGAGAUAGAUAGAGAGAGAGAGACGGGCAGGCAUCUCGGAAGGCACGCGAUACGCGCAGACGAAGACGUCUUAUCAUGUCAGAAUCGAGCGAGGUGAGCUCGGCUCGAAGGUGGAAGAGAAGGAGAUACGUAAUUUUCAUUACCCAGCUCGUCCUGUUGUUUUGCGCCGAUGACACUCGCGCCAAACCUAUGCAGGAUUCGAGUAUAUUGAACAAAUUGGACUUCCAGUGCCCCAGGGAAUGUAAUUGCCUGGGAAAUGUCGUAAACUGCAACGGAUUGCAGCUCAUCGAUGCACCCAACAACUUACCACCAUGGAUCGAGGAUCUAGAGUUGAAGAAAAAUAACUUUUCAAGACUGGAAUCCAACGCUCUUAUUCAUCUCACCAAGCUCAGGGUUUUAGAUAUAAGUGAAAAUCGAUUAAGCGACGAUGUGAGCGAAGCACUGAAUAGCUUGACUCAAUUAAGAGCACUGAAAAUCAACAAAAAUCAAUUGACGACCUUGCCCAAUCUUUACUCGCUCAAAAAUUUGACCCAUCUUUCAAUGACGCACAAUCUGGUUCGGUCCAUAGAUGGACAGACCUUAGUAAACUUGCCGAGACUUCAGUUCUUGGACCUCAGCAGCAACCAUAUACCUGUUCUCCAGAGAGAGUCUUUCCUAGCUCCAAAUUCCCUUACAUACUUAAAUUUGAACUCAAACAAAAUUCGUGUAAUAGAAAAUGGGAGUUUGGACAAUCUUACAUCUCUGAAGGAAUUGCGAUUGAAUAAAAAUCGCCUGACCCAUCUAAAAGAUUUGUUCACAAACCUUGCUGAGUUGAGAAUAUUGGAAUUGAAUAGGAAUGAGUUGGAACAAAUUCAGGGAUUGAGUUUUAAGAAUUUGACGAGUUUGGAGCAGCUGAAAUUGAAAAGGAAUAAAAUUAGGUCUCUGGACACGGGUGCGAUUGUCAGUCUGAACAAUCUGUCUGUAUUACAACUCGAUCACAACUUGUUGACAGUUGUAAUGAACGGUGGAUUGUUUGGACUCUCGAAGCUCCACACGCUCACCAUUUCGCACAAUAAAAUAGAUGCGAUUAAAUCUCAGGCGUGGGAAUGUUGCCAGAAUAUCACCGAGCUUGACUUGUCGCACAACGAACUGGUAUCGAUUGAUCAAGGAACCUUCCAGUUCUUGGGUAAACUUGAACAACUUAAAUUGGAUCAUAAUAAAAUCACUUUCAUCGCAGAUGGUGCUUUCAACAAUACACCAAACCUAAGGAUACUCGAGCUUAACGAAAACAAGAUAUCUUACAUGGUGGAAGAUAUUAACGGGGCUUUCGCACCGUUAAUAAAUUUGGAGAAACUGGGACUUGCUUUAAAUCGCAUCAAAUCUAUAAACAAGAACUCUUUUGUCGGUUUGAUGAGACUCAUAGAGUUGGAUUUGAAUGGGAACAACAUAACAAGCAUUGCGGAGAACGCACUUAUUUCUAUGCCAAAUUUGUCUAGAUUAAGAAUGAAGUCUGACACUUUACUUUGUGACUGCGGACUCCAGUGGCUGAGCAUUUGGUUACGCAGCCACAAGUACAGCGAGGCAAGAGUUCGGUGUGGGUAUCCCAGCGCGUUGAAAGGAACGCUGUUGACUGAACUUCAUCGCACAAAUUUUACUUGCGACGAGCAUCCAAAGCCACUGAUUAUUGGCGAACCAAAAACUCAAAUGAGCAUAAAAGGAGAUAACGUGACGCUGUAUUGCCGUGCUACCAGCACUGCGAACACUCCACUUCGAUUUACAUGGAAGCACGACAACGCUGAGAUGCAAAAUUUCGAUAUCAAAGUUGACACUGAUUCUCUGGAGCGUGGGAUAACAGAAGCUUUGUCAAGCUUGUAUUUGACGAAUGUAACUCAUGCGGAUGCAGGAAGGUAUCAAUGUAUGGUCAGCAAUGAUUAUGGGACAACGUACUCAGCUAAGGCUAAAAUAAGCGUCCUUGUGUAUCCGUCAUUUACGAAAAAUCCGCAAGAUAUGCAAGUGCCUGCAGGUCGGACUGCCAAGUUGGUUUGCGCAGCAAAAGGUCAACCGACCCCACAGAUAGCCUGGCAGAAAGACGGCGGGAACGAUUUUCCGGCUGCUAGAGAAAGGCGGAUGUACAUGAUGCCGUCGGACGAUGAAUUGUUCAUAGUAGACUUCAAAGUCGCCGACACUGGGGUCUAUUCUUGUACGGCGCAAAACUUGGCUGGUACCAUCGUAGCGAACGCUAGUCUUACCAUAAGUGAAACACCGUCGUUUGUCAAACCAAUGGAAAAUAAGGAAAUAAUUGUCGGUGAAUCAAUCGUUUUGGAGUGUAUGGCGAGCGGAUAUCCUCGGCCGAAAUUAUUGUGGCGAAAAAAUGGUAGCCCUCUGCAGACCACUGAACGUCACUUUUUUACUGCUGAAGAUCAGCUCCUUAUUAUCGUUGAUACUAUUCCUAGUGACGCUGGUAGUUACGAAUGCCAAAUGAAUAAUUCGUUUGGUACAGCUGUCGGCACAUCGCAUCUUACCAUAAACCCAGUUUCGGGUUCAGUGGUUAACGAAGACGAUAUGCUGGGGAUAAUUAUCAUUACUGUAGUUUGCUGCGCCGUAGGUACUUCAGUCGUUUGGGUCGUUAUAAUAUACCAAACCCGACGACGUCUCAGUAUUAAUCAGAGUGCCCCGCAACAAUUUCAAGUAAUUACUACUGCACCAGUACUAACUGAAGCUCAAACUCAUCUCUACCUGGACACCAGUUCCCAACACAGCAAAGACAGUGGUACGGGAGAUAGCACUAAUCCAAGCAGUGAUCAGCUUCAACUAUGCCUUCCUGAGGAAAUCGUCACUUCCUCUACAAAUAAUGAGGAGGUGGAAAAUAUUUGUGGCUCGGAUCCUCUUUUGGGUUACACAAAUCACGAACGGCUAGAAGAGGAGCAGUCUGAAUCAGUAGCGGAUGAUGAAAAUUCUGUGAACAUAAAGCCGUAUGGUUGGACUCGCGAAUGAGAAGAAGAUGGAGAGGAAUAAACAUUGGGUUAACAAUUGUGUAAUAUUGGCGAUAGACGAAGAAAACAGAAAACGUUUAAGUUUAAGUAAAUGAUGAGGAAGAGAGAAACAAUAAUAAAUAACGCAUAGUAUUUUUGAAACUCCUGCAACGAGUCAGAACAAGAUUAGUAAUAGUGAUUCCUUGCAGAUAGUUUUCUUAGUGUAGAGAAAACUUCAUAGUAAUAGAUACACGUAAACAGGCAGGAUACAUGCAGGCAGCACGCAACAAACAAACACACAGACAGACAGACACACACAAACACAGAAACAUGGCAGCAUUACAAACAAAUACCACUUAAAACAAGUCAAGUAUUGUUGAAGUUUUAAUAUUAAGACGUGUGAUUCAAUUAAGCUAUUAUUAUCGAGGAUAAACCCUUUCGAUGAUUGCUCGAAUCGAUACAUGGACGUAUUUUGUACGUGAAUAAUUAUACCUAUAAUCGAGUUCUUUAGCACACCGGUGAGGUACGACAUAAAUGGCCUGUACCAAAAGCCCUGCGAUAUAUACAGAUGUGAACGUUUAAAAGAAGAAGAAGAAAGGCACAGUCAUUAAAAAACCGCGUGUAUUGAUGACCUUAUAAUUUGUAUAUAUUAAGAGUUAGAGACGAUGGAUAUUGAUUGUAUCACUGUGUAUUAUUGUACGUACAAUAAAUUACGGGUCUGCGGGUAUGAUGAAAAAAGUACCUUCAAAUUUCGAAUAACUAUUCAAGGCAAAAGUCGGUAUUAUAAUAUGUGCGUAAAAUAAAGAGAAGCCUGAGAAUAUAUGAUAUUUUUGUAUGUAUUAAAAAAACAAAAGAGAAAGAAACAAACAAAACUAUUAACAACUUCGUCAGGAAGUAUAAUACCUGGUAAGUCUGAUAAUGAAAGUGAAGCCUGAAGCGCCUAAACAAAAAAAUUCUAAAAUAAUAAUGUACGUAUAGAAAAUAAGAAUUUUUUAUUCUCAGGCUCUUCAAACUAUUUCCGCUUUUCUAAUAUUUUUGUAGUAUCUUAUUGUAGCCACCCUUCAACGCAAUACCCGCAGAUUUCGUAAUUGUUAGCAAUUUAUGGCUAUUAUAGAUUACGAGGAUAUACGCGUUAUCAACCACAAGAGCCAUACAGUAAACGAGCCUUUUGUGAUAGAUAUUUAUUCUAGAAUAUGAUUUCAUUUAGUUAUUUAUGUAUUAUUUUGUAAACAAAAAAAAAACAAAUUAAUCUAAAUUUAACGACUAUAUACCUCUUUAUGCGAGAGUGUACUGUAUUAUUGCACGUUGCAUAAAUACGAAAAUGAGAGAAAAAAAAGAAAAACACUAAAUAAACAAUAAGACGGCAAAGAAGAAUUACGUAUAUUUCGUGGUAUUGUCUUCCUGAUAAUGAUUAUGAUUUAUGAUUAUCAUGUGUACGAUUAUGAUGAUUAUUUUCGUUUAUACACGUGUAAUUCAUGCAUCGGUAUGCCAUUUCUCAUUUUUUUUUUCAUUUUGUUGUCGGUCUUCUCCCAUAAUGGGUUAUCCUGAUUUAAACUUACUAAAGAACUUACUAAAAAUUUACUUUACACUUCAAUUAAUUGCUCAUUUCUUUUUAAAUAUAAGUAAUAGUCUACAAUGUUACACGGCAGUAGUAGGUAUGUCUGUCUACGAUGGCCGUCACUCAAAGACGUUUCCUUAGUAUUUUUCGUCAUGAUAUAUGUAUACCAAGUUUUCUUUUUCAGAAGUAAUAUUAUUUGUUUGUUGACUAAUUUACUAUUGUCAUUAUUGCUAUUAUUAUUAUUAUUAUUAUUAUUACCUAUUUAGUUUAUUUCUUGAUUGUUUAAACAUACAAAUAUUAUCGUAUACAUAAAUAGUUGUAAAGAGUACCUUGGUGAAGAACAAGUAGACUCGUAAUAUCACGAGUUACAUGUGCCGUAUAAAGAAAGCAUAGAUUCUUCUUACCAUAUUGUUUAUAUCUUUUUUUCGAUAUGCGACCCAGUCGAGCGUGCGAAUUAUUCUAAAUACUUUACAUACUGUUGGAAAUAUAUUUUGUGCUUCAUUCCUCUAACGUGUCAAUCAUAUCAAAAAAUUCAGUUGGAUGAUGACUGAAGUUUCAGUUGUAUUCACUUGAUGCCAUCAAGUAAUUCUCACACGGUGAAAUUGACGACGAUUGUGAUGAACUCGCGGAUAGUAUGUUUAAUUUUCGAAGAAAUUGUUGCAUUAUCCCAUCAACGAGUUGAUAGCUGUUACGCGUAUAUAUAGUCAUUUUUUUCACGUGUCUCAAGUGACUAGUGAGUAAGAUACAAAAGUUUAUGACGUUGUCUCGACUUUCUAAUAAUUUCUAUCUUAGCUAUGCGUAUACGCUAACUUGUUUGACUGUUUUGUGUAUGAAUUGUAUCAUCUGGAAUAGGUUUUCGAUAUGAUUAGUUUUUAAACAAACUCGUUAGUCAGUGAAUCACGUCAUAACUGAUACGCUGCAUGUGAUACACCAAAUAUGGCAUCUGUUUGAUUCAGUAUUUUUCUUGUUAUUAUGAUAUAUCAAAUAUUAUGUACAAAUAUAACAGUAAACUUAGAUAAUCGAU